CCAACAAGUAGCAGACGACGCGAAAGGGCGGAGUGUCACUCCGCGCGCCCGCGCUUUUCGCUCACCUCCUUUCAGUGUGUCCUUCAGAGCCUUCCCGUCCGGUCUUCUACGUCUGUUUCGUCUUGCAAGAAUGCCAGUGUCUUCAAAGCCGAUUUUGCGCUUCGUGAAGCUCACGGAGAACGCCUUCGCUCCGAUGAAGGGCUCGGCUCAUGCAGCCGGCUAUGAUCUGCGCAGAGUUUGGACAUCACAGACCGUGGUGAUGGUGGGUUUGGAUCCACAGGCCAAGACUGAUUCCAAAUCAAGGCACGACUCCAACUCUUUCAACCUCAUGACACUGUGAUCUUUUUUUUCCCACUUGUGGCUCUCCAACAGGCAUCUGUUGCCAUUGUCUCAGAAGAUAAUACUUCCUUCUUUUUCUUGAAUAAAAAAUCAAACUGGGA